AUGUUUAAUACUGAGGAUUUUAUUCCUCAUGCUUUAGAUUUAAAUGGCACGUUAAUAAUGAUUCAGGUGAAAGUUGGAGACCCCAAUAAAAGACCGACCGCAGCAGAUGUUUAUGAAAAGUUACAAGAUUGGGAGAUAAUUCUUGAUAAAAAUAUUGAAGAACUAAAUAAAGAACAGAUUGAGAUUAGAGAUGCUUUUUUAAAAGCGGACAAAAAUCUGAAAGAACUAAAUAAAGAUCUAAUUGAGAAUAAAACUGAUAAAAUUACUUCCGCAUUAUCAAAAG